AUGCAGAACAUGUUGGCUGCUCGUACUGUCGUUGCUGUGCCUAGGGGCACGAUGCUUCGUAUGCCUGCGCGCAUGGUGGGCUCCGUGCGCAUGCCUGUGCGUGCGCUGUCCAUGAGCCACGCCGUGGCUCGCAGCGACAAGUUCCGCGCUGAGCGCGACACGUUUGGCGAUCUGCAGGUGCCGGCUGACAAGUACUGGGGUGCGCAGACGCAGCGCUCGUCGAUGAACUUUAAGAUUGGUGGCAAGAUGGAGCGCAUGCCUGAGCCGAUUAUUUCGGCGUUUGGUGUGCUCAAGAAGGCCGCUGCGACGGUGAACAAGGAGUUUGGUCUGGACCCGAAGAUCGCGGACGCGAUCUGUGCUGCUGCGGAUGAGGUGAUUUCGGGCAAGCUGCACGAGCACUUCCCGCUUGUCGUGUUCCAGACGGGCUCGGGCACGCAGUCGAAUAUGAAUGUGAACGAGGUCAUCUCGAACCGUGCGAUCGAGAUGCUGGGUGGCGAGCUGGGCUCGAAGAAGCCGGUGCACCCGAACGACCACGUGAACCGCAGUCAGAGCAGCAAUGACACGUUCCCCACGGCCAUGCACAUUGCGUCGGUGCUGGAGAUCACGAAGGAGCUGCUGCCAGCUCUGCGCCAUCUGCACCAGGCGCUGCAAGCCAAGCAGAACGAGUUUGCGGACAUUAUCAAGAUCGGCCGUACGCAUCUGCAGGAUGCGACGCCGCUGACGCUGGGCCAGGAAUUCAGUGGCUAUGUUCAGCAAGUGGCCAACUCGAUUGAGCGUGUGGAGAAUGUGCUUCCCCGCCUGCGUAUGCUGGCUCAGGGCGGCACGGCUGUGGGUACGGGACUCAACACGUUCAAGGGUUUUGAUGUGAAGGUGGCGUCGGAGAUUUCGAGGAUCACUGGCGAAGAGUUUGUCACGGCGCCGAACAAGUUUGAGGCGCUGGCCUCGCAUGAUGCUAUGGUCGAGGCGUCGGGUGCUAUGAACACGGUGGCGGUGUCGUUUAUGAAGAUCGCGAACGACAUUCGCUACCUUGGCUCGGGUCCUCGCUGCGGUCUGGGUGAGCUGUCUCUGCCGGAGAACGAGCCUGGCUCGUCGAUCAUGCCGGGUAAGGUGAACCCCACGCAGUGCGAGGCGCUUACGAUGGUCGCAGCGCAGGUCAUGGGCAACAAUGUCGCCGUGUCGGUCGGUGGCUCGUACGGUCAGUUCGAGCUCAAUGUGUUCAAGCCGGUGAUUGCCAAGAACCUGCUGUCGAGCAUUCGCCUGCUGGCGGAUGGUGCGAACUCGUUCACGGACCACUGUGUGGUGGGUAUCCAGGCCAACAAGAAGCGCAUUGACCAGCUCCUCAACGAAUCGCUUAUGCUUGCGACGGCCCUCAAUGCCCGUCUUGGUUACGACAAUGUCGCCAAGGCGGCGAAGAAGGCACACCAUGAGGGUCUGACGCUCAAGGAGUCGACCGUGGGUCUGGGUCUCCUGACGCCGGAGGAGUUUGACGCGCAGGUGCGCCCUGAGCUCAUGAUUGGCCCGAACGACCCGCCCAAGUAG